CUGGUGGCCUUUUAGGCUAGAUGGCUGUUAAAACUGUGGUACAAUCAGGACGAAUAUACAAUCAGAAAACAGCACAGGUUAAGCCAAAAAAAGGCCGGCCAAGAAGCCUGCGUGCAGAGGCUAUAAAGGUCUUGGGCGGUCCCGAUGUCUCGGCUAGUCAGUCUUACUCUGAUCGUCGGCAGGGUAGGACGUGGUUUCAGAACAAAUAUGGCGUAUCUGAGAAAAGUACGCUGUAAGAGCGUCUACCACAAGAUGGGAUUACACAACAUGAGCCCAACAGUCAUCAGCCACUUCGAGCCACUGAAGGAGAAGGUAUCCGUACACAACCCAGCAGAGUUCUACCGACAGCACGGUCGGGACUACUGUGUGUGCUGUGCAGACUUCGACACCAAAGAACUCGUGCUGGUGAAGCCUACAGACGUAUCUACAGUCAGGAAAGCACAGUUCUUUAACGAGGCCUUGCGGGAAAACGCGGAAGAACUUCUGGUUCUCCCGUUCUCUCAGCUGGCAGAUGUGAGUGAAAUGGUCGCCAAUGACGUUGCGCACGUCACCAUCAUUUUUCUACACAUAUCAAUGCCAUGUGGUUCAACGUUGCUGACGAAGGCUCUAGAAGCGAGCGGGACGAUGCACACAGUGUCAGAGUCUGACCUGUACGUCAACCUGAGCCGGUACGUCAUGACGAAGACGGACAUGCCAGAAGAGGAGAUGGGGAUGCUUCUAGACGUCAUCAAACACAUCAACACCCUCUUCAACUACAACCUGCUUCAGGAGGACCCUUGUAAAACAACGGUCUGUUACAAAAUGCGGGGCCAGGUUUGUUUCGUAGCAGACCUCCUCCAGAGGGCCUUGCCACAGGUUAAGAACAUCUUCCUCUACCGGAGCCUUCUGGGUACUGUGGACUCGUACGCCCAUCUGAUGGCGGAAGGUCGCUACUGGAAGUACUGGCUUCAAACGUCUCUCAAACUAGAUUCCCUCUACAUUAACAACUUUAAUGAUCUACUGGUCGCUCCUCUACGGGAGAAUCCUGUUUUUGAGUCCAUCCCUGUCCCACAUGGGGUUGUGUGGUUCUCUGUGUGUACUUGGCUCGCGUUGAUGCAGAAAGCUCGCGAGCUGAGAACACAAGAUCCGCACCACUUUUUCCAUGUCAUAUUGAGGUACGAGGAGUUGUGUACGUACAAGGAUGAGAUGGUUAUAGAAGUCAUGGAUAGGCUGGGUAUCAAAUGUGUUGACGAGGAUGUAAAAGUGAAGAUAAGAAAGGUGUUUGGAGUCCACAGUCAGGCUGGGCAUUACCUAGACAAAAGGGGUGCAGGUGGGGGAGGAAGUUGGGUUGGAGAAUGGGAAAUGGGGAUCAUUUCAAAGGUUCUGGAACAUUCCAACAUGGGGAUCAACGAACCCAAUUUUGUAAUCGAUGGAACCGUCACUCAGAUCUGAGUACAAACAUGUCCUGAAUCAUUUGACGUAAGAUAAUCUUAUCAUUAUAGUUUCAUGGAUAUUUUAUGUCCUUAAUUGUUGGCAAAAUAUUUCAUCUAAGACCAUGCAGUUAGAAUAGACCAAAAACCUUUAAACCAGCACAGGGAUGUGGUAGACAGGAAAGGAUUGGAGCCAGAGACAGCUGAAAAACUGACCACAGACCUCAGUGUGAUCUAGUUAUUACCUCCAUGAAAAAUGGAGGUAUUGUUUUUGGUGUGUCUGU